AACACUGGAACGGAUAGAAGGCAGACGGGCAGGAAUUCGAUUCUUCGUAUGGAUAUCAGACAAUAUUUUUAACUUGAAUAAUAUAUUUUGCAUAAUUCGAGUCUUACCGAUAUACCCUGAACUAAUACGUUGCUUUAUUGAUCAUCUAUUGAAUGAGUGUUUAAGAAGUCUGCUGGGAGAGAGAUGGAGAGUGACACUCACACACUGCCACCCCUUCCUACAUCUCUUUAUCCCACCACUCUCUACCAGUCCCCGCCUUUCUCCUCUCUUCUGCAGACUUCUUCCACUGUCCAUGUUUCACUCCCUCUGUCUCCUCUGUCGAUUCCACCAUGCCCUACUUGGCUUUCCCCCACAGCCCCAGUUUCCAUUCACCUCAAGACUGAAUCUCUCUCCCCUCUUUUAGACUCCCUGUCCCCCCCUCAGUUCCUUGACGGACAAAACUUACACUGCCUCAACUCUCCAACCACAUCUGACCAAGAUGACUUGACCUGCCUCAACUGGUUACAUCAAAGAGGCAAUUUGCUUCCCCUGCAGCCCUUGCCCAAAACGACACCACUGCCCCAGCUGGAAACCCAGGAUCCCAUACCUACCCAACACCACCUUUCCUCCCCAUCCAAGCCCCCUUACUCCUUCAGCAGUCUAAUCUUCAUGGCGAUAGAAUACUCGCCAGACAAGAGGCUCCCAGUGAAGGGUAUCUAUGACUGGAUAUUGAACAGCUUCCCCUACUACAGAGCAGCACCUGGGGGGUGGAGAAACUCUGUUCGGCACAACCUGUCUCUGAGUAAGAGCUUCUGUCGGAUUCACAGGGACAAGAACCAGUCUGUGGGGAAGGGCUCACUGUGGUGCGUGUGUCCAGAAUAUCGAUCCUCUCUUCUGGAGGUGCUUAGGAAGACCCAGUAUUACCAUAGCACUAACAGCAACUUACUAAACAACCCUGCAUUAUUGGAGGGAGCUGAUUAUGGAGUAUCUAUGGUGUGUGACACUGUGGCGAUCUCAGAUUCCCUUUUUCAAACCCUUCUCCUCUCCUCCCCCUCUCCCCCAGCCUUGACCUCAGACAACCCACCUCUCUCCUCAAAUCCACCUUGCCCUCUGACCCCUGACCACGAGGAGCUUGUCAAUAUGGAGGCAGUGGAAUAUGAGGAAGAGGUUGGUGAGGAGAUGGAGAAAGACCCCCUGUCAGACAGCGGCUACAUAGAGUUCCAUUACUACCAGUAUCAUCAGUACCAGUAUCUGGUCCUACCCGGGGACACGGAACUAGAUUUGGAGACUGUAGAGAUCCUGCAGCUGGAUGCUGAGGCCCAAGAGGCUGCUGGGUCACUUCUGGACCUGGCAGGGGGUGGACAUUAGACUGAUCUACAGAUAAUGACAUGCAGUGGGGUCUAAACAAAUUGACCAAUAGACUGGCCUACACUGUGAUGCAAGGAGAUUAUGUGCAACCUGAGUGAUAGAAAUUGACAAUUCGCUGCUGUGUGUUGACACUGCCUGAGAUUUGAUUUGCUGUCAUGAAGUGAUAUAGCUACUAUGAUUGCAAAUCCAAGCCACCCUACCUGAUGCACUGAAACACAUUAAGCCACUCACCACAUGAAUUGACAUAAACCAAAUCUUGGCAUAUGCUUUUGGUACAAAUGAGGGAGAAAAAAGAUUGAUGCUGUACCGAUAUGAUGAUACGAAGAAUCAAGACCUCUGUAUUUUGAUGGAAUACUUCCAAUGAAUGAUAACAUGAGAAAUCUACUGCCAGUUAAUACACUCUCAGAUUCAGAGGACAAAGAAAUGUAUGUUCAAUCCUCCUGAAUCUUUGUCUGUUCAUGAUUAACAUAUUUUUUUAAUGUUUUAGAUUUUAUAAUCUCUUUACCAGGGGCAGCAUUUAUUAAACACGUGUUCUUGCAGAGAAUAUAUUUUAUAGGCUGUCUGAUUUAUUUGUUUAGAAAGAAACCUUAGACUUCUCAAUCCAUCUAUUUUUCACUUCUCAACUUAACAAUAAAGCACAAAACUCUUUUAAAA